GACAUCCGCGUCAGCAGCCUUGUUGCGGCCAGCUCAAGGACAGUUAGCCAAUUCUGCCUAAAGAACCUAAGAAAGGCGCCCAAGGGGGAAAAAAACAACUAUCCAGCAUGGGAAUGAGUAGCUUGAAAUUGCUGAAAUACAUCCUGUUUUCCUUCAACUUAUUCUUUUGGUUCUGUGGCUGCUGCAUUUUGGGAUUUGGGAUCUACUUCCUGGUUCACAACAAAUUCGGGGUGCUCUUCUGGAACCACCCUUUCCUCACGCUGGGCAAUGUGCUCAUCAUCGUGGGCUCCAUCAUCGUGGUGGUUGCCUUCAUGGGCUGCAUGGGCUCCAUCAAGGAAAACAAGUGCCUGCUUAUGUCGUUCUUCGGCUUGCUGCUGAUCAUACUCCUUGCGGAGGUGACCCUGUCUAUUCUGCUCUUCAUGUAUGAAAAGAAGCUGAGUGAGUAUGUGUCUGAGGGCCUGAGUUACAGCAUCAAGAACUACCACCAGUCCAACAGCACCAAGGCCGCCUGGGAUUCUCUCCAGUCAUUUCUACAGUGUUGUGGUGUAAAUGGCACUAGUGACUGGACCGGCAGCGUACCAGAAUCUUGCCCCUCAGAUCCACAAACGAAGGGUUGCUAUAUGCAAGUAAAACUGUGGUUUCACUCCAAUUUCCUGUAUAUUGGAAUCAUCAUUAUCUGCGUAUGUAUGGUCCAGGUGUUGGGGAUGGCCUUUGCGCUGACCUUGAACUGCCAGAUCGAUAAAACCAGCCAGAUCCUAGGGCUGUGACCUGCAACUACCCUGUGUUGCAGAAACUUGAAUCUCUGGAAAUGCAAAUCCAUUUGCAGCAUGAAGCCCUCCGUGAUCAUCUCCUGGAAUAGGAUUUUUGUGCUCAUCGCAUCUAACCCCAGUUCGGUCCCGGUCUCAUUAAACCAGAAAUGAGGGUAUUCUUGGUCAGGCAUUCCCUUCUUGAGCAGCAAGCCAAUCAGAUAUCAGCUUUCACAGCAGCACCCAUACUGCUCACGGGGCGACACUCAUGCCAGAGGGUUGUUGGGAUACAAACAACUCAUUGAUCACUGCCAUCACCCUGCUUGCUUUUGAGUGGGACCCUGGACUAGAAGAGUAACAGCAUAUCCUUUCCCCCAAAGGGGAAGCUUUCCUUUAGAUGUGCUGUGUUUUUAUUUUUAUUAAUCAUCUUAUUGGGGAGUUCUUACCAAUCUUGUAACACUCCACGACUCAAUUGUAGUAAGCACGCUUGUACAUAUAUUGCUAUCAACAUUUCCAAAACAUUUCUAUUUGAGCCUUUGGUAUCAGCUCCUAUUUUUCCCACCCUUCCCCCACCCUAGAUUUUCUUAUUAAAGGAUUUUGCUGACUUAGUCUUAGUCUUUCCUUAAAAAAGACAAUCCAGUGAUUCAUAUUUUGACUUCAAUCAACCUCUUAGCCUUUGGUUUAUGUAGUCUUUGAGGAGCUCAGCAGCACCCGUACCACUGAUAGGUUAGUUGAUAAUCCCAUUCAGAACAAUUCUGAUGUUAUUUCUAUAUCAAAUAAGGUUUUGUAAAUGUAUGAGUACUAUUUUUAACUCUUUAAUAAAUAAAAUACUUAAUGAUCUCAA